UUUUCUGGCUAUCAUCAUAUUGGAUUUUCUAAUACUUUUUUUUCUUCAAUGAUUAUCCUGUGUUUACAUUCAUGUGAUAUACCAUGCUUUUAGUAAUAAUACAGUGACGGAUAAUUGAAUAUCGACGAUGGCAUCGGGGUUAGAGAGCUACGUGAAUCAUACAGUUUCUAUUAUUACUUCGGACGGUAGAAACUUUAUUGGCACAUUAAAAGGUUUUGAUCAAACAAUUAAUAUUAUAUUGGAUGAAUCACAUGAGAGAGUAUAUAGCACAACGCAAGGUGUAGAACAAGUUGUUUUGGGUUUACAUAUCAUCAGAGGAGAUAAUGUAGCAAUUGUAGGAGAACUAGAUGAUGAAAUGGAUGCACGUCUAGAUUUAUCAGCUAUUAGAGCUGAUCCAUUAAGCCCUAUAACACAUUGAAAGUAUAUAUUAUAUGAAAUGUUUGAACUAUAAGGGCAAGUAUGCAAAUUUGUUAUAGUCUAAUCAGGUAGAUUAAUAUAUACAAACUAAUUAUAUGAUCUGAUAGAAUUUUAUAAAUUCUAAGAAAAUUUUGAAUUCCAAGAAAUUAUCCAAUUAACAACAAAAUAUAAAUACCUUCUGGAUUACCAUACUUAUAAAAAAUUAUUCUAUAUAUAACAGAUUUGUAAAAUUGAUACACUAUUUUUUUACAAAAUAUAACAUUUUUGCAUUAGGGUUUAUAUAUAUUGUAAUUUUAUUUGUAUUAAAAAAUCUGAAAAAGUAAGCUGGACUUGGUGCCAAUUAUAAUACAUCGUAUUAAAUAUAAAUAUGUUUUAUAGAAUCAAUGUAUUAUUUACUACAUAUUCUUUGCUUAUGGAUAUACAAAAUGUGUUCAACAGAAGUCAGCAGAAAUGAUGCUGUUUGUGUUGUAGAAAAAUUCAAGUAAAUUAAGAAUGAUAUCUAUAUAUAUAUAUGUUCCAUUUUUUAAUUUAUUAAAAUUUAUUAUGCUCGUGAGAGUUAAUUUAAAGAGAACUAUUUACUUUUCAUAACAUAAUUUAAUAUUUGCCAGUUGAACAUUAGAUUUAUAAUUGCACCAAACUUUUUUUUUAUAUAUUGUAAUUAAGAUAAUGUAAUACAAUAAAUAAAAACAGGAACUAAGAUAUUAUUUUGUUUUUUAAUCUAUUAGCAAAAUCUAUACAAAAAUUAGUCCUAUAAAAGUGAGAAAAUCACAUAUAGAACAAUGCUUAAAUAAAUCAAAUAUUAAAAUUGUAAAUGGUGCAUUUAUAACUGAAUUUUGUAUAGUCAAAAAGCAAAGAUGGCAUGUUGAAUUUCUUAAAUGAAACAUUUAGUAUGUAUAUAUGCGCGCAAGUGUGUAUAUGUACUAUAUAUUGGAAGACAUAACAAAAAUAUAAAUCAAUUAGAGUACAAUCUAAUAUUUUCCUAUUCUGCGUACCUUAAUUACUAAAUGUCUUUUUGAAGUAAUCAUAAAUACAUGAUAUAUACAGAUCUUCCUUAAAAUUUAAUUAUCUGUAUUAUCAAAAACAAUAUUUUCCAACUUUAUUUGUUCUAUAUUGUGUUUACUCUAUAUGCAUUUAGCCUUAAGAGCAGAACACAAAACAGUGCAAUUAUCGGCACUACAUAUACACACUGUAUGUUCGAUUUUAUAUAUUAAAGUAUGUAAGGACAAUUCCUACUGUCAAACAUUUGUACAGUUGACAAUAAAAUAAUUGAAGCGAA